AAUACCUCUGUUGAAGCAUACAGAGUCCAUUGCAGUGAUGGAAGCUAAGGCAACGAGUGUGAAGGACCUGACGGACGCCGAGGUGUACGAGCUCGUGUACCAGCUCAAGCAGUGCAAUGAGAGUGACCCAGCGGAGACGCGUCGACUGUUGCAGGAUCACCCGGAGUUGGCACGAGCUGUCGCUCAGGCGCAGCUCCGACUCGGAAUGAUCAAGGAGCGCACGGCGUCAGCGUCUGCACCUAUUAAUGCCAUCGGCGUGUCAAAUGAUCUGAUGGAAAAGCUGGACCCAGAGCAGCAGGAGCUGCUGGAGCAGGUGCAGAACUUGGCACCCGAGAUCAUCCAGUCGCUUCCCCCGGAGGAGCGACGGCAGAUCAUGGAAUUGCGCGAGGCCAUGGGGCUCCCGCCCCUUUAGGCGACUUCUAUUUAACCAGCCAGCUACACAGGACAGCAGCAUUUCGGACAAAAAAUCUGUUUGGGUUGGGUUUGCCAAGUUGGUUGUACGUUGCUGUCUACUGCAGAAGCACGUGAGAUACCUACACUUAGAAUUUGAAAUCCUUAAGUUUCUUGCUCU